AAAACUAAAAGUGUAGUUUACGCCUGAGGCAACUGUAUGACAUCUGCGUGUUAUUUUGUCGCAUUGAAGCGAAGCGUCGAUACAUCCUGUCACGGUAUUUUGGCUCUUUAAGGUCAAUACAGUGGAGAGUAGUUUGUAACAUCACUACUCGACUCUACAUCGAGGUAAUCGUGAAACUCCAACUUUCCUGAGGAAGACGGCUGCUGGAGUUAAAGCUGCAAGGAUCCUUGUCGACAAGAGCAAGACACGUUAGCUACAACACAGCUAACGGGCUAAUUAAGCUGUUCUUCGGAGUUUCUCGCCCACUUUGAGGGAAUGGAGAAAGCUAAACAAGCAGCAUUCGACAAUGCAAGACUUCAAGUGAUCAAAGACGGCUAUGAGAGGGCCUUUGAGUGCAUCAAUAAAGGACUCACAGCAGAUGAAGCUGGAGACAAGCCACAGGCCUUGGAGCUCUACAAGCAAGGGCGACAGCACCUUCUCAGGGCCAUCAGUGUGCCUUCAAAGGGAGAGGAGUGUGUCGGCAGCUCCUGGGAGUCAGCCAGACAGAUGCAGCAGAAGAUGCAGGAGACGCUGAACAACAUCACCACUCGCAUGGCCAUACUGGAGACCAGCGCUGACCCUGGAUCUGCCCCUACACUGACCCCGAGCAGUGUGUCCUGCCCUAGUGCUCCAGACAUGUCUGAAGAAGGUCUCUACCCAAAACUUUCCAACAAGAACAAGCCAGAGAUGCCAGCUCCACCAAACCUACUUUCUGCUAAUGGCCAGGCAGCAGGAGCUGUAGGAGGCAUGGCUGCUUGCAGUAGUAAAGGUCUGCCUCUCUCACCUACCAGACAGCCUGUUGGUCCAGCCGAACAGCCUCCAGCGUACUCUCCUCAGGCGGCUGACGGCCACCUUUCUGUCUCCUAUGGAACAGAGUCAGGGGAAAUGUCACUGGUUGGAGAAGAGUUCUACAGUCGUACAUCUAACUCAACACCAUCGCCUCAGAGUUUGGGUGAAGAUGGAGAGGAGCUGGUGUAUAUCCCCCAUGGUGUACAGAUAUUCUUUGUUACACCUGAGGGGCAAGUGAGCGCUCCGUCGUACCCGGGCUACCUGCGGCUGGUGAAGUUUACUAGUGACCACUCUGACACAACGCCCAACCGGCCACCAGCAUUUCUACAGGUGUGUGACUGGAUAUACCCUCUCAUGGCCAUGGCCUCUCCAGUGUUGCUGUGCAACACUGGUGUGUUUAUGUUUCCGGACAUGAUGGCGCCAGCUCCAGGCUAUUAUGUGGGGGUGGUGUUGUCCUCCGAGCUGCCUGCUGCAGACAGAGAGCUGUUCCAGGACCUGCUGUCCCAGAUGACAGAUCUCAGGGUUCAGGCUCCAGAUGAAGCUGCAGAUACCAUUAAUCUCAGUCAGAAAGUGUCCAUCGCUACACCUGAGGAGACUGCACCAGCAGUGACCGAGGAGGGGGAGGAGGAGAAGGCUCUGCCUGAGUGGAGUGAAAAGGUGGCAAACGGGAUCCUGACAGGUGCUUCAUGGCUAAGCUGGGGCCUGGUAAAAGGAGCUGAGUUCACAGGCAAGGCCAUUCAUAAAGGGGCAUCUAAACUCAGAGAACACAUCACCCCGGAGGACAAACCCACCCACGUCAGCCCCACAGUCACCAAAGGCCUCCAUGUUGCCAAGCAAGCCACAGGGGGAGCUGUCAAAGUCAGCCAGUUUUUGGUGGACGGAGUGUGUACGGUCGCUGGCUGUGUGGGUCGAGAGUUGGCUCCACAUGUGAAAAAACACGGAGGAAAGCUGAUCCCAGAGUCCAUGAGGAAAGACAAGGAUGGCCGUUCCAACAUAGAUGGAGCCAUGGUGGUGGCUGCCAGCGGAGUGCAAGGAUUUGCGACUAUGUGGACUGGUUUGGAAGUAGCAGCAAAGAACAUUACUACGAGUGUUGCAUCAGAGACAGUCACCACCGUAAAACACAAAUUUAGGGGUCUACAAAACAUCUUUGACCCACCUAUUGAGAAUAAGUGUACGGGGCAGCAGCAGGACAAGCCACAGACCACGCUGUCAAUUCUGCCAUUAAUGUCGGUCUCACUGCCUUCAAUGUUGACAACCUGGGGAUCAAAGCUGUGGUGAAAAGGACUGGCAAGCACACAGCUCAGGCCAUUUUGGAUGACUACAAGCUUCAGGAAAAACCAGGGAAUGGGAAGCAAGUGGAGAAAUCGGGCAAAUAGUUGUUAGUGCCCUGCCUCAUUCCCUCAGCCUUAACGCAUCAUUUUUAUUCUUCUAUCAAAUAAAACUAUAUUUAAUAUUCAUUAUUUAUAAAACAUGUUCUAUAUUUCAGAGAUAACAACUGUUAUUUGCAUAUCCUGUAGCUUGAUACAGUUCUUAAGCACUUUAAUCUUAAUGUAAAAUAAGGUAGAUGGACCUAAAUGAAGAGAAACUGCCGAUUUAAUGAUCCAAAUCAACACAUGGUUAUACAGGAUACCAGUUGAACUCCUCUCUUUGUACUAAGACAGCAUUAAAUUGUUAACUAGACACUGGACACUUCCCUAAUCUCCUGGAAGCAUCUGUGUGUUUUAGUCUUUCCCUAGUAGGGUAAGUGCAAUUUACAUACUUUGAAUGAAUGAAUAUUACCUAAAUAUCAGUAGCUUUAGAUAUAACUGUCAGUGAAAAAGUGCCUGCUAAACUGUUUUCCCUGUUGUGUUGAAAAUGAGAAAUAAUCACUGCUGCUUACUGUGCCUUCAUACAUCAAAUGAUAUACAAAAAUAUUGUGUUGUAAAGCUAAAGCUGUAAAAGUCUAUAGUCCAUUUUGUUUUUUGUUGGACCUUCGAUACAUAGUGGAAGUUUUGCCGUCUCUUAUAAAUGAGGGCUACUAAAAUGUUAAUAUCUCUCAGCUUCAAGUCUGAGGUCUGUUUUUAGAUUUGUGUUCUGCAACAUUGUGCAGUGCUGUCUUCUGCGUUCAGUUCAGUUGUAUCCUUAUGUUUUCAAAAAUAAUAAUGCAUAUAGUAUUUCAUAAUAAAAUAUAGAUUUUGUUUUGAUGGACAAAACAUUUAACAAAAUGUGAAUUUUGAAGUGUUAUGCUGACUUUGUGGACCAUUUAGGUGUUGUUGUUUUUUUGAGUGAUCUGGUUUGUAAUCUUUUUAAACUCCAGCUUUAAGACCCCAGCAGGUAAAUGUAACUUUCAGAUAGCUUUCAGGUGCUCAAGUUGUGCAUUGAGAUUUCUUUCCGGAAAAAUAAAAUAUUUAAAUAAACAA